AUGUCAACUACUACUACUUCAAUUGCACUACCACCUUCAUGCUUACUACCACUGGUCUUUAGUACUACUGACUCAUUAUUUGGCUAUUUGUCUGUUGCUGUCUCUGCUGCCUCUGCCUCUGCCUCUGCCUCCCAGUCUCUGUCUGUCUGUUUUGAUCCGUCUUCGUUGAGUUAUUAUCCUUAUAGCUAUCCCGACUGUGCUGGCCGCCAAGACCUACUCGUCUCUCCUACUACUGUUACUAGAGUAGUGGAAGAAGAGGAAGAGUAUGAUCACGAAGUAAUGGGUGCUGAUAAUGAUAAUGACGGUUCCAUCGGCAUGGCUAUCGACACCAAUAUCUAUUUAGUGCCUAGUAUCUAUGAAUCUGAAUCAGGAGCAGGGCCAUCGUCACCAUUGUCACCAAUGUCCCCAGGCUUGGUUAGAUGUAGUUCCUUUUGUAAUGGAAAUCGUCGGUUGGAGUGUGUCCACUGUGCCCAUUUAGAGUUGGGUUGUUCUCUGCUGACUCCUUGUGUCUCUCUGUCCAAGCAAGAGUCAUUACCAUUGCCAUUCUCUGAUCUAGAUGAUGUGUUGGAUAAUGAUAUUGUUGUAGUCGUCAAACAACCAAACAACCCGGCCAAGUCAGGGUUCGAGUCAGAGUCAGAGUCAAAGGUGACACUACCAAAGUUUUGUUUGAGUAUUAUUCUCAAACAUCUCUGGGAUUCAAUGUCUGACGAACCUCUCUACACCAAGUUAUCAGUGCUGCCAUACGUGAGCCAUUACUUUUUCGCAUGUGUCAAGUCUCUUAACUGUAACCUCAAGCUGACACUGACCAACCAAUGUUGCCAAAGAUUGAUGCGUUGUUUCACUGGCCGUCCACAAUACACCCGUUCUCAACUCACUAUUCUAAAGGACAGAGUAAUGACCAACAACAAUAAUAAUAGUAGUACCGAGCAAGACAACAGUAACAACUCAACAACGGUUGGAAGAUGGAAUUUAAUCAAUUCUAUUUCAUCAAUUACAUUGGUACAAGAUGGUAGUACUAGUUGUAUUGGUAGUGUUGAAAGUUUGUUUGUGUGUCCACCGUUCCGUAGGAUGAUUGAUAUGUCGCUCGAGGAUAUCAAUACCACCGAUCAGAGUGUCCACAAUCUGGUUAGUGCCAUUCCCACCAUCAAGUCAUGCACAGUUACCUGUUAUCUCGACCAGAUCCCACGAUUCUCUACACAUUUUGAUCGAGUAUCUGCACACCUGGUAGUACAAGUCGCCCAAAAGAGAAGGAGAGUGUCAUCGGUCGUACCACAAUCGUUGAUUGACAGUUUCAAUCAUGUUGCUCGUAUUCAUAUACGAUUCUCUUAUUCACCCGACCACUCGAGCAACCAUUCACACGAAGCAGCCUAUGAGUUUGUAUUGCAACUCAUCAAAGCCAAUCAUGCCUCCACCGAAAUUCACCUGGAAUUGGAUAUCGUCCAAGGAAACACCGACGAUGAACAAUCAUCAUCAUUGUACAACGAUAAAAAAGAUAAAAAGAUACAAACAUUACGUAGAACAUUAUCUAAUCGUAAACAUCUUUUAAAUCAUACCAUUUCAAUAAAUAAUUAA